GUCUUUCUGUGAUCAAGUGAGACAGUUCAGAGGAUCAUGAAUUCCUAUGAGUUACCUGCAAUUGCUGAAUUUUUCCAUGGUCGGGAGAUUUUCAUCACUGGCGGAACGGGUUUUAUCGGAAAGGCCAUCAUAGAGAAGAUCUUGUAUUCCUGUCCGGAUGUCAAGAGGAUUUAUUUGCUGCUGAGAUGCAAGAAAAGUGUUUCUGUGUGUGAUCGUCUUGUGAAAUUCAAGAGCAACCAGAUUUUCAAUCGGGUCCGGCAGAGAGAUGAGAGUCUCUUGGAUAAAAUUGAAGCACUGCCUGGAGAUUCGAUGUGUCUGAAGUUGGGAUUGAGUGAGGAAGAUAUUGAGAAGAUGGAAUAUGUCUCGGUGAUAAUUAAUAGCGCUGCAAGUGUCCGUUUUGAUGAACCUCUUGGUCAGGCGGUUUUUAUGAAUACGAGAAGUGCCCGGGAACUUUGUUUGAUUGCUGAGAAGUUGAAGAAUCUCAAGGUUCUUGUGCACAUCUCAACGACUUACUGCAAUACCAAUUAUCCGGUGAUCGAGGAGAAGGUUUAUCCUCCGUUGGCCGAUUGGAGGGAAACCAUCAAAAUGGCUGAGAGUGUCGAUACGGAUAUCUUGGAGAUCAUUGCGAAAAAGUAUAUGGAUUUCCAGCCGAAUACCUAUACUUUCACUAAGCAUUUGGCUGAGCAGAUCAUGAAUGAGUGGUCAGAGAAACUUCCCAUCAUCAUCUUUCGUCCAUCAAUCAUGGCUCCUUCGGUUAAGGAACCGUUUGAGGGAUGGGUUGACAACUUCAAUGGAAUCAUCGGUCUUGUAGUAGCUGGAGGAUCAGGUAUAGCUCGUGUCUAUUACUUUUCACAGAAGAUCAAAGGAAAUUUUCAGCCAUUGGACGUCUGUGUUCGAUCACUUCUCGUGGCCACGUGGAAACAUGGUCAAGGGAUCAGUAACAAUAUGGUCGUUUACAAUUGUGCCUGUAGUAGGGAGAAGGAGAUCAGCGGCGAUGAAAUUUUUUCCAUUUGCUCAAAGGCAAAAUCCGAGAUUCCAUUCAAUGAAAUGAUAUGGCUACCAAAUGCUACAGUAACAUCUUACUACUUUUUUUACAAAUUCAUUCUAUUUCUUUUUCAAGUCUUUCCGGGCAUGAUCUUUGAUCUUAUCCUGAAGAUCUGUAAUAAGAAAGCCAUUGUGUUGUUCUUUAUGAGAAAAUUUCAUUAUGCCACGUGCGCUCUGUCUUAUUUUCUUUUCAAGAGUUGGUAUAUUGUUACUGAAAAUUACUGCAAUUUGAUGAAUGACAUCAAGAAUGAAGAUGUUGAAGAAUUUAGGUUUGACUUAUAUGAAAGUUUUGACCUAAAGGAGUACAUGUAUCGGUCAACUUUGGGUGGAAGGCGAUAUCUGCUGAAUCAACCAGAUGAGGAUCUACCUCAGGCUAGGAGAAACUAUCGGAUCUUUUGGUUGCUCGAUCGAGGAGUCAAAUUGAUCUUCUGGAGUAGUUUGAUCUACUUCCUGAUCACACGAUACGAUCUUCUCAAUUUUUCCAACGAUAACAUACUACUGCAUCAUUCACUGAAGAUUCUCAAUAUUUCUUCCACAUCAUUUCCAUAAAUAAUUAGUUUGCAAUUUGAGGUGGGAUUGAAUGCAGAAAGAAGAAGAAAAAAACUAAAUAAAAUGGGAAAGAGGCAAGAAAAAAA